GGUCUAACAGGUGCAGCAUUUGGCUUCUCUAAUGUUUUUAUUUCUGAUUUUAUUAUUGAACUUCAACACUAAAGAGUGAAGAAACAUUUUAUUGUUCUAAACUGAGAUAAUCAAACCACGCAGGCCUUGUUCAAUGAGUGUUUCUAUUGCAAUAAAAUAAUCGGACCAAUCAUCCCUGCUUUUAUCCAGAUUUAGAUCCUGAGUUGGUCCACUUUUAUUGUGAAAAUCCCGAACCGGAGACGGCACCGUAAUCCCGCAGUUAACACCCAGACCAAGCCAAAGUGAAGUGCUCGACUGCUGCCAACCCGGAACUUUUUGACCCUUUAGUAAUCCCAGAAGUCGGGGGUUCUGGAACUUCCCGUCGGUUCCGUGUUGGUUCGGUAGGCAGGUCCAGCUUUCCGGACCCAUCUGGUUCCGCCCGGAGGAGAAGCCAAGAAGCGGCUCCGAUGUUCUCCGAGUGACCGCGGCGGUUCCCGUAGGACAGAAGUUUUCAGAGCAGGUUGCAGCGGCAGAGCGUAGCGGCCAUCAUGCCGCAGCAGAAGGACAUCGUGAGGAUCGCCAUCCAGAUGCCCGGGGCGUUGCCGCAGCUCAUCCAGCUGGACCAGAAAAAGCCUCUGUCUGCGGUCAUCAAGGAGGUCUGUGACGGCUGGAACCUUCCGGGUCCCGAUAACUACGCCCUGCAGUACGAUGGAGUCCAGAUGUACAUCACCGAGUCGAACCGCCUGGACAUCAAGAACGGCUGCAUCCUGCGUCUGACCAAAGCCCCGGGUCGCUGUGCCGACGACCUUCACAGGGGCAUCCAGAGCUCGGACGGCGGCGUGCGCUGCGACUCGCUGAAGGAGCUGGCGAGCGUCUCGCGGGACGUGACCUUCGCUCAGGAGUUCAUCAACCUGGACGGACACAACCUGCUGGUCAAGAUAGUGGAGGAGUCCAGAGAGAGCAACCAGAUCAUGACUCACACGCUGACCGGCUUCACGGAGCUGAUGGAUCACGGCAUCGUUUCCUGGGAGAAUCUCUCCGCCAUCUUCAUCAAGAAGAUUGCCGGUUUCGUCAACUCCUCGUCCACAGACGUGUCGAUGCAGCAGGUGUCCCUGGACAUCCUGGAGAACAUGGUUCUGAGCAGCCGCCAGCUGUUCCUGCAGGUCAAGCAGGAGGUCACCAUGGAGAGGCUGGUCGCCCACCUGCAGGUGGCGAACCAGCAGAUCCAGACCAAAGCCAUGGCUCUGCUCAUGGCCCUGCUGCAGACGGCUGAGGACGCGGACAGACAGGAAAUGUUCGCCUUCCUGAACAAGAAGAACGUCCGUCAGUACAUCUAUAAGGACAUCAUCCUGUCCUCCAGUCCCGUCCAGGAUGAGAUGGCCCACCACCUCUACGUCCUGCAGUCGGUCACACUGAACCACCUGGAGACGCGCAUGAGGACGCCGCUGGACUGCUACAGCCAGGAGCAGCGGGACGCGCUGCACGGCCUGCGCCAGGCGGCGUUCGAGACGGACAGCGAGAACAGCCUGAGCCACGAGCGCCGCCGCUCGCUCUGUGCCAAGGAGUUCAAGAAGCUGGGCUUCUCUAACAACAGCAACCCGGGUCAGGACCUGGUGCGGACGCCUCCUGGUCUGCUGGCUCUGGACACCAUGUUUUACUUUGCGACUCGCUAUCCGGACGCCUACAGCAGGUUCGUCCUGGAGAACAGCAGCAGGGAGGACAAACACGAGUGUCCUUUUGCCCGCAGCAGCAUCCAGCUCACACUCAUCCUCUGUGAGAUCCUGCGCAUCGGAGACCCCCCCUCGGAGACGGGCUCCAGCUUCCACCCCAUCUUCUUCAGCCAGGACCGGCUGCUGGAGGAGCUGUUCUGCGUCUGCAUUCAGCUGCUCAACAAGACCUGGAAGGAGAUGCGCGCCACGCAGGAAGACUUCGACAAGGUGAUGCAGGUGGUGAAGGAGCAGAUCACCCGGACGCUGGCCAGCAAGCCCACAUCGCUGGAGCUGUUCAAGAACAAGGUCAACGCGCUGAACUACAGCGAGAUCCUGAAACUGCGGCAGACGGAGCGGCUGCACCAGGAGGAGACGCUGGCGCCGCCCGUCCUAGAGCUGAAAGAGCGCCUGAAGCCGGAGCUGCUGGAGCUGAUCCGCCAGCAGAGACUCAACCGGCUCUGCCAGGGAACCAUGUUCAGGAAGAUCAGCAGCCGGAGGCGGCAGGACAAACUGUGGUACUGCCGCCUGUCGCCCAACCACAAGAUGCUGCACUACGGCGACGUGGAGGAAGACGCAGAGAACCCGGCCAUCGAGACGCUGCAGGACAAGAUCCCAGUGGCAGAUAUCAAAGGUUUGCUGACCGGGAAGGACUGUCCUCACAUGAAGGAGAACAAGGGCAAGCAGACCAAGGAAGUCCUGGAUUUGGCCUUCAGCAUCACCUACGAUGUGGAGGAGUGCAGCCUGAACUUCAUCGCCCCCUCCAGGACAGACUUCUGCCUGUGGACGGACGGACUGAGCGUCCUGCUGGGCCGGGACAUGAGCAGCGAGUCGAUGCGCAGCGAGCUGGAGAUCCUGCUGUCCAUGGAGAUCAAGCUCCGCCUCCUGGACCUGGAGAACGUCCCCAUCCCCGACGGCGCCCCCGCCGUGCCCAAACCGCCCAGCAACUACAACUUCUGCUACGACUUCAGCCAGACGGAGCAGUAGGCCAGCUCUGGGCGGGUUCUGGUUCUGGACGGGGUCCGGCCCGUCCAUCCCGGCUCCUCUUCUUAUCUGACAGAUUUCAGCUCUUUACUGAGGGCGGUUCCGUAGAACCGAUCCAGAUCUUCUUGCAGAACCAGUUUUAAUCCAGAAAGCAGCAGCUGACCCGUUUCCAGCUGCCAGGAGACCCUGGUUCUUCCUGGUUCUUCCUGGCACUUCCUGGCUCUUUCUGGUACUUUCUGGCACUUCUUGGUUCUUCCUGGUACUUUCUGGCUCUUCCUGGUUCUUUUUGGCACUUCCUGGCUCUUUCUGGCACUUCCUGGCUCUUCCUGGUUCUUCCUGGUACUUCCUGGUUCUUUGGUACUUUCUGGCUCUUCCUGGUUCUUUGGUACUUUCUGGCACUUCCUUGCUCUUCCUGGCUCUUCCUGGUACUUCCUGGUUCUUCCUGGCUCUUCCUGCCUGAGCGGUGCGGCUGCUUGUGUGACGAUGCAUUUAAAGUGUCUUGACAUUCAGAGAAUCGUUGCUUCGCUCCAGUUCGGCCCAAACGCUCCAGACUUUUAGAAAACGGUUCUGGUGCUGCAGCGAAUCAAACCGUUUUUCUGUUUCCAUGCGGUUCAGAAACUGUGGAGCUUUUUUGCAUCAGUUUCAACAGAUUUUGUACCAAAUCUGGUUAUUCCUGUACGAUUCGGUGUUUCGGUACGUGACUGAAGGCUUCGGUCGGCUCAUUUCAACUGAUUUCACUUUAAUGCUUUUUAUGAAUUUACACCAAUAAACAGUUUGAAUU